AUGGCGUCAGCAGCGAAAUUGAACAAAAACAUUUGUGCAAAAUUGCAUAUGAGAGAGACAUUUGGCGCUUUUCAGAAACAUCGAAGAUCAUUCCAUCAACGAAUAUUCUCACGAAUACCAGCAAGACUUUGUUAUCGUUUAAAAUCACUUGUUUCACAAGACAUUUUAGAGGAAGGCCAUGUGUUUCUUGGGUUCACAAAGUGUGGGCAGUUUGUGGUGUCCUACUCAUGUCAGAUGAUGUCGGAUGAACACCUAGGCUUCCCAUCCUAUAACUAUGCACUGCAGUGGUGGAAGUUUAUCCCUAAUUCUCCAUUAAGAAAGGUUAGUGAAGUAAAAUUAUUUGGUGAAGAGGAGGUGACUCAGGAUCUAUUCAUAUCUUUCUGUGAAUGGCCACAGGACCACUCCAAAGUUCUUGUCUUUGGUCACAGUUUGCCUGGCCAGGACCCAGACAGUUGCUGUCAAUGCUACUUCACCAUCACAUCCUUCCCUGCAACAGCCACUUGUCUAGUCUGCCAACAAUUGUGUGCUGGAGGUAAAAAAGAAGCAACAUCACCAAAAAGAUGUCUUCAACAUGGAUUUUCUGUUCACACUAAGUUCGAAUUGACACCUCCUUUUCCACCAUUCGCACCAAGAACUCAGCUUAAAAUUAAUGGUGUAGCUGUAGUAAAUACUGGUGACUCAAUUAUUGCAUUACAUGUGGCUAUAGGAAACAGCACUGACUUAGCAGCAAAUGAAGUUCUUUGUCUAAAGAAAACUAUGGAGGGAGAUUUUAAGGGAGGUAACUCAGGAACAGAACGACCUUUGUUACUGAGGUCAGAAAGUACUUUAUCUGAAGUGUGUUGUGAAUGUGGUUUUAAAAUUCAGGAUUCUGAAAAUUGGGAGCAGAAUGAUGAUAGUCAGAAAGAAAAUGUCAAAAAACAUACUUUAAAAGAUUAUUUUAAACAACGAUCUCCUAAACCUAGUCCAGGACAUUCCGAUUUCCAGGGACGUUCUCCAAAGCCAAGCCCUGCUGCGGACUGGUACAAUGAACACCAGGGAAAAUCACCAAGGUCAAGUUGUGGUGAUUGGAAUAGUGAGUUUCAUGGGUGGUCACCCAAAGCCAGUGCUGGAGAUAAACAUGUUGACUGUCACGACCUGGAAAGGAAAAAUGGAAAUAUUUGUGAUGCCAAUUCUCCAGACUGUUUUGACUUUUCAUGCGAGUCACCAUCUAUAGGACCAAGUCGACGAGAUCGCAGCAUCAGUAGGAAUUCUUACCAGCAACAACAGAAUGUUGAUUAUAAGAAUGUAAUGUCACCAAAAAUGGACAAUGCAGCAAACAAUACAUCGGAUAUUAAAAAUGUGAUGUCCCCAAAGUCUGAUAACUCUAGCAUCAACAACUGUACUCCCCGAACCAGUCCCCGUGCCAAUGUAGUGGAUAGUAAAGGCAUAGCUGUGUUGGCAGAUGGGUGUUGUCCAGCCUGUGGGGCCCCCUCGGUCCUAGGGGUGACUCAUGGUGGUCGAUCAGGGAACACAACACCUAAUAUUGGAAACCGUGUGGGAUUGAGUAGUAGUAACACUAAUGUAACAGGCACACCUCAGAAUAACAAAAUAAUACUCUCAGGAACAUGUAACCCUGUUGGGACUCCUCUUGUGGGGUCACAAAGGUCAUUCUGGUCACCUUCCAUCAGCAGUGGUACCUCACGCAGCACAGACAGUAUCUACCUACAGACAAAUGAAUCAAAAACCGUAUCUUACAUGGUGCGUACGUUUACACAGAUGAAUAUACCUGGUGACCAAGAUCGGAAUGUUCCUACUGAUGAUGAUCUUGACCUUGCUUACCGUAGUGUCUUACCUAUUGAAGUAGUGGCUGGAGAUAACCACCCAAUGUGUCCAGCUCUUCCUCUUGACCAUUGUCAGGAGGGCCUUCGGAUCACACAGAUGACAUUUGAUGUAGAACACUACCUGGAAGAAAUCAUUGGUCACACCGCCAGCUGGGGACACCGAUAUGUGGCCUUCACCAACUAUGAUCUACAGAUACUUGAUGUAUGUCCAGACACUAAUGCAGUCAUUGGCAAAGUUUUUGUCCUCAUACAUGCAAGGGAAGAAUCUGACAAUCCGAAGAGGAAAAGAAGACAAGCUGUCAAAUUAUACCAGACCAGCUUCUGCUUCAGCUGGAGUUUAACCACAGGAGGAUUUGACACUUUAAGUGCGGACUGCCUGACAGAGGUCGAUGAAAUGAAUAUCAGAAGACAAGAAUGGAAGCCAGGUCAUAAAGAAUGUUCAUCACUUCGACGCCAGUUGUUCAUUCCCCAGUCUUCUCAAAGACAUGUUAAUGUCUUGUCCAACGAAUCUGUGUUCAAAGGUAAAUCCUUGUCAAUGAUCAUCUCACCCCAUCUCCAUGUUGCCAUUGUGAUGUAAAAGAUCUGGAAAGACCAAAUGAUAUAAACUGUCGUCAAUCAUUGUUUAUGAAGAUACUGAAGAAAUCACUUUUCAUUUUUUGUUUUAAAUGUUCUUGUGGAAAUGUGACAUUUUGUAUUAUACAAUAACCGCAGGUAUACAUCUGUUUAACAUACAUGAAUGACACCUCAGUUUGGCUGAAAUACACAUUUGUGGUGAAGAAGAAACUGUGUGACUAAGGUUGCUUUCGUGCAAGUGGUUGAAAUGCUUUGAUGAGUUAAAACUACAAGAAAAAUACUAGGUACAGAUCAUGACCAAGGCUUGACUGCAGAAUGUUUGCCAUGUGUAGAUCGAGGAGUCCUGUUGUACCUGUAUGAAACUAACUUGCUGAACAUCACUAUUUUUCAGCA